CAUGAAAUAUCUCACCGGCUGCAAAGUAUAGUAGCUAGCUCAGUGGUGCUCUGAACGGCACCCAAGUAUCCAAGCAACAGCAGCAACUAAAAGUAGAGAGCACUAGGUAGCUACCUGAUCGAUACACAUCGUGGUGGUAGUGGUGCUACUCCUACUAGUGUGGUUGGUCUCUUCUUGUCUCCUUAUCCAGUACCAUCUGGUGAUCGAUCAUGGCGGCCAACUACCACCACUACCAGAUGGCGGUGCAGUCGGCGGCGGCGGCGUGGAGGGAGCCGGACAGCCCGCAGCUGAGCUUCGUGAGCGGCUGCAGCUCCCUCUUCUCCAUCUCCACCCUGCAGGACAACGAUGACGUUGGCGCCGUCGUCAUCGCUGGCCACGAGCUGAUGCCCUCCACGCCCGUCUCGCUCGCCGGGUUCGCCGGCGACGAGAUCGACAUGGAGGUGCAGCAGAUCAGCGGCGGAAGCGGCGACGACCGGAGGACCAUCAGGAUGAUGAGGAACCGGGAGUCCGCGCUCCGAUCCAGGGCGAGGAAGAGGGCAUACGUGGAAAAUCUAGAAAAGGAAGUUCGCCGGCUGGUGGAUGAGAACUUGAAGCUCAAGAAGCAAUGCAAAGAGCUGAAACUGGAAGUGGCUGCGCUGGUCCUCCCUACCAAGAGCUCACUUCGAAGAACCUCGUCGACUCAAUUCUGAAGGGGGGAAAACGAAGACAUAGUCGACAGUGUAAAACUCAAGAGAACGAUUGGACGUGUGUACAUUGGCGGUGUGAGUGUGUGUAUGUGUGCAGGGGAGAUAGAUGAGGCGAUGUUUAUUGUGCAAUGAUCUGUACUCUUGAUGUUAGAUCUCUACAAAGAACUGAAACAAA